AAUCCACCCCAACAGUCAAAGAUCCACACCGAACUAUCGAUUGCCAUGAAGGUACUAGCUAGUACCGGUACCGGUGUGAAGGUAUGGCAUCCUCAAGGUCAAUGGAUGCAAUGAUCAUUGUCGACGACGAUGACUACUAGUACUAGCAUUAAUAGUAGAAAAGACGACGAGCUGUUACUGGUGGCUGCUGUGGUUUGGGACUUGCAAGGCUCUGGUGAAACCAAGACGAGCAAGAUUCGCAUCCGUCAAAGGGAUAUUAUCCAACAUGGAGUUUGCACGCCAAGAGAUCUUUGGAACAUGCUUCAAUCCUCCCUCGUCUCGGUGCUUCCCGAAGCCUCCUCCUCUUUGUGGCAAAUGGAGGCCGUUCAAGUCUACGACAACAAUACCAAUUCUUACGUGUCAAUUCCGUUAUUAUCGGAGGACGACGACGAUCCAACAAUAAUGGACGUGACACGACGGUUUGGAACACGCCUACGAAUCCAUGUCACAACCACAACGAAUGGACAGCACAAUAAUAACAAUAAUCAACCAGAACCACCCAAAGCCAUCAUGGGCCGAUACUACUCGUACAAUCCCAAGCAAGGCAUCCUCAUUGCCGGAAUUCCACUACGAGUGCAAGAAACAACCCUUCAAAAUGCCACGGGAGGCAAUGUGUGGGAUGGAGCACUCUUAUUGGCACGAUACUUGGAAAAAACUGCCACCAGUCUCGUGACAUCCAAACGAGUCUUGGAAUUGGGAGCGGGGUGUGGUCUUGUAGGAAUUGCAGCUGGGAUAUUGGGAGCCAAACAAGUCUUGCUGACAGAUUUGCCCUAUGCACUGGAAAACAUGAACCAUAAUGUGAAACAACACUGGGAUGCCUGUCAAACGGCAGGAUGCCAACAAAUGGUGUGUGCGCCUUUGGACUGGUAUCAUCCUCCGUCGCUGGAGGAAUUGGGAAACAGUAUGAAGACGCCAUCAUCAUCAAUAUCAGAACAACAACCAUGGAUUCCAGAACUCAUUUUGAUUGCCGACUGUGUUUGGAUGCAACCAUUGGUGCAGCCUUUACUAGCGACUGUCGAACACUUGGUGACACAAGCUGCUGCUUGUCAAACACACUUGACGACAACAAGAACAACGAUAAUACAAGUACUCAUCUCGUACCAGAGAAGAGGAAAGUCAACGCAUGAAGAAUUCUGGAAUGGAAUUCACGGACUACGCUUUCAAUCCAUAAUAAAACAACAAAAUGUCACCAAUGUUACAGAAGUUAUUGAUGUUACCAAAGUGGGACUUGCCAAACCUGAUUCCAUCCACUUGUUGCUUCUGGAAAUCAAUCUUUCUUGACAAAUUCAAUCAACCUCAAGCAGCAACCCUUUUGCGAUUGUCAUGCCCCCAUCCGUUUCAUCCAGUCAGUCAGCAAGCCUACGACCAGCAUGUUGCCCGCUUGUUUGUUCAACUCUGCCUCUGUCUCCACAGUCAAAAGUGAAGAAGAGGCACCGAUAGCUACAUGUAAACUCAAUCGUGUGAUACUAGUACACAUAUGUAGCUUUUUGCAAGUUAACCGUUGCCGAAGAGGAAAAUGAGUUGAACGACGAAAACAAAGAGUGCAAUGACAGGUAGGCAAAGAAUAUCAGCUUUUGCUAUCCGGUCAAGAAGUUUGGAAUACUACUACCAGGUAGUAUCUACUUGAAUACCUGUCCUUCACAGCUUGACGGCUCUUUGAUCCCCUAUUUAUUACAGUUAAUUAUCCAGAAGCUACUGUUUUUAGAAUGGUCCUCCACGGUAG